AUGAAAUGCACGGAGAGAUCUAGCGUCCUUGAAGACACGGCGGUCUCUUUGGCCUUCCACUUCUUGGUUUCUUAUCGGAUACCGAAGAGUGGCCCGACAAUAACAAACACCACCCUCCAACCCCCAUUCUGUUUCCCAGCAGAUGAUUGGACCAUCACCACUGACGACUGUAAUCAAAUUACCGUCGGACCAAUCGUAACCACGAGAGCAAUCUGA